AUGCCUCGCCCCAAGAAAUAUUUCACAAAGGAGGAGCGUCGCCAGGCUCAUUGUGCAGCGAAUAGGCGUCGGUACCAAAAGAAGAAGAAGGAAAUCAAUGAACAACGGCGCCAAAGAUAUGCCAAAAAGACGAGGCGUGCGAAGAGAAAGCAGGAAAAGAUGCAGCGGAAUCAAGAUAACGAGGAUGCAUCGACGAGCGCCAAAGAUCCGGCGCUUAAUCAAGAGAGCUGCGACCCCAGGAUGAAAUACGCCAUCGCCAGGGUACAGGCGAUCGAAAAGAAGAUCCUCAAGCGCACGGGGAAUUGCUUGAAAACAUACUUGGAGUCAGUGUAUGAGGCAGCGAUCGCUCACGACCGCCCUUCCGAUCCCAUCGAGGACCAUUUACACGACCUGGAGAACCAAUCGUCGAAGCUGUCUCGGCAUUACGACACCAUUCUCGAGGUAGCUGGAGUAUGUGCUGCAACUGAGGCAAUCGAGAGGCAGCGUGCACACCUGACGAAAACGGUAGAUAUGCUUCAAGAGCUGUGUGCUUUUGCGCUCGAGGGCAAGGAUGUCCUUCGUUCACAAUUCAGGCGAGGUCGGCUGACUUUCCAGUCCAUCUCUAUGUUCAAGAGGGGAGAGGUUUCGCAUAAAUGA